ACAAAGCUCGGAAUUUCUACUAGAAAGUUUUAAAAAGACUUCACUCAAGGGAACUCAGUACCUUGCACUUUGGUUAAAUCCUUGCUAAGAUUUAAAUUCCUAAACUUUUCUUAGGAAACAAGCUUUCUUUGAUCUUCUCGUCUGAAUUGCAGAAAUCAGAUAAAACUUCUGGUAAAAUGGAAAAACCUAUUAAAAAGAUUGCUAUCUUUGGAGGAACUCACGGAAAUGAGCUCACAGGAGUAUUUCUAGUUAAACACUGGCUACGGGAUGGCGCUGAAAUUCAGAGAACAGGUCUGGAAGUAAAACCAUUUAUUACUAACCCAAGAGCAGUGGAGAAGUGUAUGAGAUAUAUUGACUGUGACCUAAAUCGUGUUUUUGACCUUGAAAAUCUUGGCAAGAAAAUGUCAGAGGAUUUGCCAUAUGAAGUGAGAAGGGCUCAAGAAAUAAAUCAUUUAUUUGGUCCAAAAGAUAGCAAAGGUUCCUACGACAUCAUUUUUGACCUCCACAAUACCACUUCUAACAUGGGAUGCACUCUUAUUCUUGAAGAUUCCAAGAAUGACUUUUUAAUUCAGAUGUUUCAUUAUAUUAAGACCUCUUUGGCUCCAUUAUCCUGCAAUGUUUAUCUUAUUGAACAUCCUUCCCUCAAAUAUGCAACCACCCGUUCUAUAGCCAAGUAUCCUGUGGGUAUAGAAGUUGGCCCCCAACCCCAAGGUGUUCUAAGAGCUGAUAUUUUAGAUCAAAUGAGAAAAAUGAUUAAACAUGCUCUUGACUUUAUACAUCAUUUCAAUGACGGAAAAGAAUUUCCUCCCUGCACUAUUGAGGCCUAUAAAAUAAUGGAGAAAGUUGAUUUUCCCAGGAAUGAAAAUGGAGAAGUUGCUGCUAUUAUCCAUCCUAACCUGCAGGAUCAAGACUGGAAACCAUUACACCCUGGGGACCCUGUGUUUGUGACUCUUGACGGAAAGACUAUUCCAUUGGGCGGAGACCAUACCGUGUACCCAGUGUUUGUGAACGAAGCUGCAUAUUAUGAAAAGAAAGAAGCUUUCGCAAAGGCAACUAAACUAACACUCAAUGCCAAACGUAUUCGCUCCUCUUUCCACUAGAAAUCACUGCUAGUGCAACGGUUACUACAGAAUUUCUUGAAAAGCUCUACACGUCUAAACUUCCACUUCCAUGCCUGGCUUGGUAGACCCCUAGAUCAGUUUCUUUAGAAAGAGAAUAAAUGAAUGUGUCUCUUUCAAAUCAUACUUUAUGUAUGUAGUUUAUUCAAAAAAUGUUCUUUCUGUUUCCAUGCAGCUUUUAAACAUGACACUUUGAUAGUUUAACAUUCUAAAUAAUUCAACAUAUAUGUGUGCAAAGUUAUUGAUGACAUAAAAUAAAAUGUGCAUUUUCAAAUAACACAUAAGUCCUUUUAGAAAGCAAUGGUAUAGACUUGUUUUUUUAUUUUUUCAUAUUUGAAUUAAUGACAAUAGAUUAAGUAUCCAAUCUACUGACUUUAGCAACAGUCGUGAUAUCUGUAGGAGAUUUUUAAAUGCUCUUUUGCAGGCAGGAUGUGAAAAAGACAUGAGGGCUGAUUGUAAUGUUGGCGUACAAAUACACCCAGAAACCCUGAAGUCUCACAUACAUACCUUGAGAAGCUGACUACUCUUCUCAGCGUGGACGAUUUGGGAGAAGCAAAUUCUUUGCAGCUGUCCCUGCUUGUUUUGAAAGAAUUUUCCCACCUCUGGCAAUUCUCCUCCUUGGAGCACCUGCGGCUGAGCACUGCCUGCCCCUUCUCCAUCCUUGCCUUGUGGGAUGUUCUCCUUUCUCCUCUCAGGCCACAGCAAUUUUUUGUGGGGGGGAGGGAAGGGACCGAGACUCAAACUCAGGACCUUGAGCUUGUUAUGCAGGCACAUUGCUGCUGAGCUAAAUCCCCGGCCCAUGGCCACAGCAUUUUUAUCCCACAACCUGGACCCCAAGAAACGCAUGUUUAUGGCUUCUAAUAUAUUUAUCGAAAACACUAAAAUUACCUGGAAUACUCACAAACAUUCUCAUUCUUCUGGAGCAAACUCCACUAAACCAAUUGCACUCCAUUUUUAAUGCUUUAUAGAACACAAUUAAGCAUUUUCUAAAUUUUUCAGCAUUUAUGGUAUACUCUAUAUUUACUGGAAUAGACUCCAUUCUAAAUGUUAUAAUAAAAAUCUCAUUUGUCAA